AUGCAGUCACGCGCCACGCUAGCCCCUUUCAAGCGCGGGGCAUUUCUGCAAGGUUCCCAUCUCUCUCCCCAAAAUCCCAUCCCCCCACAACACAUCCCACCAACAAUGUCCAAAAUCACACUCGGAAUCAUCGCCGCCGCCUCUGCGGCCACCGGCGCCGCCGCCACAGCCUUCUAUCUAGGGACGCAGCCCAAGGCCACCACCACCACCGCCGCCGGUAUUGCGUCGAAGCACCCUGUGCGGCGGAAGCCCGAGGAGGGCGGGCCGUGCCCUGUGGACCCGAGCGGGCUGUUCAAGUAUGGCUUCCCCGGCCCCAUCGCAGACCUAGCCACCCGCCAGCUCUACGUCUCCUCCUACGACCGCCGCACCCGCAACCCCCACUGGGUCGCCGAGCACAUCACCCCCGCCUCCCUCUCCUCCCGCGACGGCGACCGCAGCAACAGCAAAUUCCUCGAAGACGACACCCUGCCCCCCCAAUUCCGCGCCCUCCUCAAAGACUACUACCGCUCCGGCUACGACCGCGGCCACCAGGCCCCCGCCGCCGACGCUAAAUUCUCGCAGGUCGCCAUGGACGAGACCUUCUACCUCAGCAACAUGUGCCCGCAGGUCGGGCAGGGCUUCAACCGCGACUACUGGGCGCACUUUGAAGACUUUUGCCGCCGCCUCACGGGGCACUACCCCAGUGUGCGCAUCAUCACGGGCCCGCUGUACCUGCCGAGGCAGCACGCGGAUGGCAAGUGGCGGGUGAGUUAUGAGGUUAUUGGCGAUCCGCCGAAUGUGGCGGUGCCGACGCAUUUUUAUAAGGUUGUUGUUGCGGAGGGGGGGAAGGAGGAUGGGGGGGGGAGUGUGGCGGUGGGGGCGUUUGUGUUGCCGAAUGCGCCGAUUGGGAAUAGUGUGGCGUUGAGGGAGUUUGAGGUGCCGCUGGAGGUGGUGGAGAGGGCGAGUGGGUUGGUGUUUUUGGAGAAGCUGGAGAAGGGGAGGAGGAGGGAGCUGUGUAAGGAGAUUGAGUGUUCCCUGGUGGUGAGGGAGUUUAAUCAGGCGAGUAAGGGCGAGAGGAAGCCGAGGAAGUAG